GCCGCCUCCGGUUCGGUUACCGAGCCGAGCAUCAUCACCAAAUUUCGCAAUGAUUCAGAACAUCAUCGGAAUAGAGCCGAGCUUCGAAUGAUGCGCCAUUAACCGGGAGAAGAGUACUUAAUAUCUGGCGAUAACCUCUUUGAGGUCAUGUGUGAUAUUGAAGCUGCAUUUUAAAGACAACAUUGAACGCGGAGUAGACCUGUGUCAAAACAUCACAUCAAAGUUCAACAAUGGUUCAAUCAACACUAGACAGCGUCUCCAUCCUUGGCGCCGGCAACGAAGCCUCUCGCCGGAUCCUCACCAAGGAAGCCGUCAACUUCCUCGCAAUUUUGCAUCGCAGCUUCGAACCGACCCGCCAACACCUCCUCAAGCUCCGUCAACAGCGUCAAAUCGACACAGAUAACGGACACCUGCCAGAUUUCCUCCCUGAAACUAAGCACGUUCGCGAUGACAAGAACUGGAGGGGCGCGCAGCCGGCGCCUGGUUUGGUAGAUCGCAGAGUUGAGAUCACUGGACCCACGGACCGGAAAAUGGUCGUCAACGCUCUCAACUCUGACGUUUGGGCCUACAUGGCCGAUUUUGAAGACUCAAAUGGUCCUACAUGGGACAACAUGAUUCAAGGUCAGGCCAAUCUCUACGACGCCAUCCGCCGGCAAGUCGACUUCAAGCUUGGCGAAAAAGAGUACAAGCUCAGAACUGAUCGCACUCUCCCCACGUUGAUUGCCCGCACGCGCGGAUGGCACUUGGACGAGAAGCAUUUCACAGUCGAUGGACAGCCCAUGUCCGGCGCUCUGUUUGAUUUCGGACUGUACUUUUUCCACAACGCCAAGGAGCUGAUUUCUCGCGGUGCCGGCCCCUAUUUCUAUCUGCCCAAGAUGGAGUCGCAUCUCGAGGCAAGGUUAUGGAACGACGUGUUCAACAUGUCGCAGGAUUACAUCGGUAUCUCGAGAGGCACAAUCCGUGCUACCGUGUUGAUUGAGACCAUCAGCGCUGUUUUCGAAAUGGACGAGAUCAUCUACGAGCUCAGAGACCACAGCUCAGGCCUCAACUGCGGCAGGUGGGACUACAUCUUUACCUUCGUCAAGCGCUUCCGUAACCGCCCCGGCUUCAUCCUUCCCGACCGCUCCGACGUCAGCAUGACCGUCCCCUUCAUGGACGCCUACGUCAAACUCCUCAUCAGCACAUGCCACGCCCGUGGCGUCCAUGCGAUGGGGGGUAUGGCGGCCCUCAUCCCGCGCAAGGACGACCCGGCCGCGAACGCCAAGGCGAUGGACAGCGUGCGCGCCGACAAGCUACGCGAAGUCAAGGCCGGGCACGACGGUACCUGGGUUGCGCACCCGGCGCUGGCGUCGAUUGCGUCGGAGAUCUUCAACGAGCAUAUGCCUACUGCCAACCAGAUCUUCAAGAGGCCCGAGGUGAAGGUUACGCGUGACGAUUUGAUCAACUCUGUUGUUCCUGGAAAGAUCACCGAUGAGGGCGUUCGGAAGAACUUGCACAUCACUUUGGCGUACAUGGAGGGUUGGCUUCGUGGCGUGGGCUGUAGUGCCAUCAACUAUCUUAUGGAGGACGCCGCGACAGCCGAGGUGUCCCGCUCACAAUUGUGGUACUGGGUACACCAUGGCGUCAGCACCGCCGAAGGCACAAAACUUGACAAGACAACAAUGCUUAACGUCCUCGACGACGUCACAAAGGAACUGCUCAAGUCUGCGCCGGCGAACAACAAGUUCGAGUUGGCGGCGAAAUACCUCCGGCCGCAAGUUACGGGCGAAGAUUACGCCGACUUCCUUACAACACUACUCUAUGAUGAGAUUACUUCUGUUGGACCAUCAUGGAAACUUUAGAUAUUGAGCCAACGAUGCUAUCUGUAUGAUUAAUGAAACCGAUUGAAUGGCGAUUCUUUCCACAAUGUUGUAUGCUACGUAUGACUAGAAUUGGAGUGUCGGAGCGGCAAAACGCAUAUCCAAGAAUUCAGAGACUGUAGUCAUCAACUAUACACGCAAUUCCAAGUCAACUUGGGGUAUGGUAAAUGACAAAAAACGACUUGGGCCUGAUUCGAACAGACGCUCCCGAAGGAACAAGAUUUCUAGUCUUGCGCAUUAGACCACUCUGCCACCAAGCCGUGAUCCCAGGUCCGCCGAAGCGGGCUGAUUGGUUGGAGAAGUCAGAUUUCUAAUUGUGUAGUCUUAAUGGGCGCCGAGACGCCUGAAAGGCCUU